GCGGUCAAAUGCAGCUUCCGUGAAGCGCUGAGCGUUAAACGCGCGUGUGUAGGCUAGCAAAUGUCGUUCAUAUAAAUAGAGUGCCCCACGGCUGUUGGAGUAUUAUCAAACUUUGACCGUUGUGGAGUUAACAGUUCGAGAAGCAAAAGAGAAAAUGAAACUCUUCGUUGCGCUUUCCUUCGCCUUGUUGGCCUUCGCUGCCGCUGAUGUCUCGCAUCUCGGCUACGAUUAUCCUGCUCCCCACCAUGAGGAGGUGAAAUCUGAGCCAAUUGCGCCACAGAAUACCUACAUUCCACCUCCACCACCACCACCGCCACCAGCACCACAAAACACUUACAUUCCACCAGCACCACCAGCGCCACCAGCUCCAGUCCAUGAAGCCGUGCACUCGCAACCAAUUGCUCCUCCUCCACCACCACCACCACCAGCACCACAGAACACCUAUAUCCCACCUGCACCACCAGCGCCACCAGCUCCAGUCCAUCAUCCAAUUGCUCCUCCUCCACCACCACCACCACCAGCACCACAAAAUACCUAUAUCCCACCUGCACCACCAGCACCUCCAGCUCCAGUCCAUGAGGCCGUGCACUCGCACCCAAUUGCUCCUCCUCCACCACCACCACCACCAGCACCCCAGAACACUUACAUCCCACCUGCACCACCAGCACCUCCAGCUCCAGUCCAUGAGGCCGUGCACUCGCACCCAAUUGCUCCUCCUCCACCACCACCACCACCAGCACCACAGAACACCUACAUUCCUCCUGCAGCCGCUCCAGCUCCAGUGCCAUCCGCUUCCCUGGAAGCUGACGGUUACCACUACAAGACUGUCCGUCGCGUAGUCUACAGACACCGUUUCUAAACUGUUUUCACUUUUCCCUGUGGGAAAUGUACCUGAGUUUGUUCUGAAUCUAAAUCUAAAUAUAAAUUGUUAAUCUUUCAUAUAUAAAA